AUGCUCUCGCGCGUGGCGCUGACGGGGACUAUUGAAACGGAAGCGGCGAAAGCCGACGGUUGGAUAGUGCGAUUUUUGGUGAACGAUUUUUCGCUUGGCAUCGGUGGGAAAUCGCACUAUUUAGCAAAAACCGAUUUGCUGUGGGGGGCGUAA